AUGGCUGAACCAGAUCCACCACUCCAACUGCCCGAGGCUCCCUUUCCUGCGCCCCCACCCUUCUGGAGACACUUUACCGUCGCAAAUGAAGAGCAGUUGAAGAAAUACGAGUCUCUAGAACCUUCAGAAGGCUACCAAAAAUUGCCUAUACCGCUCGCGUACUUGCGACCUCCACCGCCGCCUCCGAGCGCAGCCGAACACUACACCACCUUCGGCCAGAAACAAGUCAUCGAUCCGACCAAGCCUUCCUCCCUACCCUUAGACCAACUGCUCUUCGACCCCAAUCAGCCAAAACUAGACCAUGCGUUUCUCUUGAAGAAACUUACCAAAUCCCUGCUGCUGAACUUCCUCGAAUUGACCACUCUGCUCUCCCUCGACCCAACACAAUACCAAGACAAGCUGGACGAUUUCAGACAACUCUUCCUCAACGUUCACGUCGUCAUCAACAUGUAUCGCCCGCAUCAAGCGCGAGAGAGUGCAAAGGACCUACUGGAGAGUUGUCUAGAAGACGGCCAGAGAGAGGUUGAAGAGUGCGACAACCUCAAGGCGAGGAUCCAGACCUUCCUCGACGAGGUUGGUCGACUACGCGACGAGAAGCCAGCUUCUAACGGCGACGUCGAGGAUGGAGCUUCCCGCUCGACUCGGGAAUCUAAACACGACAAGAUGGAGCAACAGCGGCGAUUAUGGAAGAUGGUGCAGGACAUGAAGGAUGCGUGA